AUGGUGCGCGGCUACGGCUUAACGGACAGCGUUGCCAUAACUUCGUUCCAGAAAGAAUGGCUGGAGGAGGCGGCAGCCUAUGACUCCACGCUGCCCAAGGGAUGGCUUGUUCCGAUGGGCAGUGGCGGAUGGGACGACUCAUUCAUCGAACAAUCGAGAGAACUCGGACUCGCGCAGAUUUGCCCGCGCGCCGACCUGACGACUCAGGAACUGGUGGACAGGCUUCACGCCGAAGGGUUCGUCGUGCGAUGCCAUGGCCUGUUCAACGAAGACCUCAUGCGACACGCCGUCGACGUAGGCUGCAGACGGGGCGACCUGAACAAUAAACCAUCCAAAGUCCUCGUCAUCGGCUCCGGCCCCAUCAUCAUCGGGCAGGCGGCUGAGUUUGACUACGCCGGCACGCAGGCAUGCAAGGCGCUGCGCGAAGAGGGCGUCAUCACCGUGCUGGUGAACUCCAACCCUGCCACGAUAAUGACCGACGAGGACAUCGCCGAUGUCGUCUAUAUCGAGCCGCUCACCGUCGAGGUGCUCACACGCAUCAUCGCUGCCGAGCGUCCCGACGGCAUCCUGCCCACGCUUGGCGGACAGACAGGGCUGAACCUAGCCGUGGAACUAGCGGAUGCAGGCGUACUCGACGAGUACAACGUGCGUCUUCUCGGCACGCCCUUGCAGACCAUCCGCAACGCCGAGGACCGCGAGCUGUUCCGGCAGUUGCUGUCCGACAUCGGCGAGCCUGUACUGCCCAGCGAAAUCGUCGAGUCCAUGGAAGAGGCUCACGAGGCGCUGAAGACGCUAAAUCUGCCCUUGGUCAUACGCCCGGCAUACACGCUUGGCGGCACGGGCGGCGGCAUCGCUACCACGCUCGACGAGUUCAGUACCAUCGUCGCAAGCGGACUCGCCGCAAGCCCCAUCAACCAGAUACUCCUCGAACGCUCCCUGAUCGGCUGGAAGGAGAUCGAGUACGAGGUGAUGCGAGACGCCGCCGACAACUGCAUCACCAUCUGCAACAUGGAGAAUAUCGACCCGAUGGGCGUCCACACCGGCGACAGCAUCGUGGUCGCCCCCAGCCAGACGCUUUCCGACAAGGAGUACCAGCUUCUGCGCUCCGUCAGCCUGAAAAUCAUCCGCGCGCUCGGCAUCGAAGGCGGCUGCAACAUUCAGAUGGCGCUCGCGGCAGGCGAUGUCGUUGGCAAGACCCUACCAGAUGGCGGCGGCAAGGACAACGAAUACUACAUCAUCGAGGUCAACCCACGCGUUAGCCGCAGCUCCGCACUCGCGAGCAAGGCGACCGGCUACCCCAUUGCCCGCGUCGCAGCCAAGAUUGCAGUCGGCAAGCGCCUCGACGAAAUCCCCAACGCCGUCACGCAGCAGACCCUCGCCGCGUUUGAGCCUGCGCUCGACUACUGCGUGGUCAAGAUUCCGCGCUGGCCCUUCGACAAGUUCCCUGCAGGCGACCGCUCCAUCAACACUCAGAUGAAAGCCACCGGCGAGGUCAUGGCGAUCGACCGCUCAUUCGAGGCGGCGUUCCAGAAAGCCGUGCGCUCCCUCGAAAUCACCAACCGCGACAUCCUCUGGGAAGACUCCGGAUGGUGCUUGGCAGAUUCGUCCGAAACGGAUAGCGCAGACAUUCCCGCCCUAUCGCUGGAAGGCUUGGACAAAGCGCGCCUGCCACUGCACCCCAACGACGAACGUCUCUGGGCGCUGCUCUACACCCUGCGGCGCGGCGUGAGCCCUGAAGCGCUAUCCCGCAAACCAGGCAUCGAUCCCUGGUUCACCCGCGCCUUCCAGAACAUCGCUCUGAUGGAAGAGGAACUGCUGUCCUCGCACCUCGACACCGAUAUGCUUUGGCGAGCCAAGCGUCUCGGCUUCUCCGAUGAAAAAAUCGGCGAACUGACUGACCGCACCCCGCAGCAAGAUGGUGGACACCUGCGCCGCCGAGUUCGAGCGCACACGCCAUACUUUUACAGCACCUACGAGCAGGAGAACGAAGCCACUCCGAUAACAUCGGCCAAGGCGCUCGUCGUCGGCAGCGGCCCCAUUCGCAUUGGACAGGGCAUCGAGUUCGACUACUGCUCCGUACAUGCGGCUUGGGCGCUCGGCGAAGAGGGCGUAUCCAGCAUCAUGGUGAACUCCAACCCGGAGACGGUAUCCACCGACUUCGACACCAGCGAUCGCCUCUACUUCGAGCCGCUCGACGAGGAGAGCCUGCUGGACAUCCUUGAGAAUGAAGCGCUCGCCGGAGACGGUGCCGAGUUGGAGUUCCCGCCCUCGAUCGUGCAGUUCGGUGGCCAGACGGCUAUCAACCUAUCGCAGACUCUCGACAGCGUGGAGAUGCCCAUACUCGGCUCUUCCGCGCGCUCCAUCGACAUCGCAUCCGACCGCCACCUCUUCGAGGAGUUCCUCGCGAGAACGGGCAUUCCCAACCCACCCGGCGCGGCCGUCAGCAACCUCGAACAGGCUCUCAAUGUCGCGCAGCGCGUAGGCUAUCCCGUGCUCGUGCGUCCCAGCUAUGUGCUCGGCGGCAGGGCGAUGGAGAUUGUGCAGAACGCCACCGAGCUCGUGCGCUACAUGACCCACGCAUUCGAAGCGGGCAUGGGCAGGCGCGUGCUCAUCGACAAGUAUUUCGAGGGCCGCGAGGUCGAGGUGGACGCCGUGUGUGACGGCGAGAAUGUGCUCAUCCCCGGCAUCAUGGAGAUGUGGAGCGCGCCGGCGUUCACAGCGGCGACUCCAUGGCGAUUUACCCCGGCCUGA